CGGACGAUGAAGCAAGUGAUCGGUUUAGUGCUUUUGGGAUUGAUCUGCAGCAAUGUUGUGCUGGCAGAUGAGACUCCAGCAAUUGAGGUCUCCCAUUCUGGACGUAUUAUCAACGGUGUCGGAGUGAGCAUCGUCAAUUACGGUUAUGCAUUAAACAUGUACUAUAACAAUAGAUUCAUCUGUGGUGCCAGUAUGAUUACCUAUACACAUGCCCUGACUGCAGGAAACUGCGUUCAACCUAUUAUGGGCGAUAUUGCGAAGAUAAUCUUACACGGAGGCAGCACAUCCGCCACCACGGGAGGUGUGUUUUUCCAGGUGGUGAAAAUUGCCCUUCAUGGCAGCUAUAACCCUAGUGCAGCUCCAGGCACGUCUGAUUUCGAUGUUGCUGUUCUAUCAGUAGUUACGAAUGCGUUCAAGGGCAGACUAAAUAUGGUUCCGAUAGCACUUCAAACUUCGGAUAUACCGAUUGGCAGCACUUGCUUCGUGGUUGGAUGGGGCCUCACCAGCAUCAACGGCGUAGCACCAGCAAGCGACUUGCGUUACACCAACAUGAACAUCGUGUCGCAGGCUAGUUGUGCUGCAGCAUGGACACCAUUCCCAGCACAAAGGAUUACGUCUAAUAUGCUUUGCGCCAAAUACGGCAAUGGAGUGGACAUUUGCAAGGGAGACGGUGGUGGUGGAUUGGUAUGUGGUGGAAAACUUAGUGGAAUCGUUUCCUUCACCAAUCCCAAUUGUAACAGUGCCUGGCCAGCUGGUUUCGCAAAGAUUACCUCACCCAGCAUUCGCGCCUUCAUUUUUAGCCAAACUGGAAUUUAA